UACUAUGUCAGGAAAAUUAGAAGUCUGUUAACAUAAGCGUAUACUCAGACUGAGCAUUAGAGGGCUUUUCUAAACCAUCUAAGUCUGUUGAACCUGAACUGCACAGAGAUUAGAAAGUUUAGAUACAAGAUCAACAGUAAGAGACUAUUUUCUUUUAGUUGGCCAGUUAGCCGUGUUGAAGGCAGCAUGAAUCCUGUACACAGUACCUUGUUGUCCUCAGUGCUUCUUUUCACCCUCAGAAUUCAGGAGCUGGUAGAGGCAUGCAGCUGUGCCCCUGCACAUCCACAGCAGCUAAUCUGUGAUUCUGCUUUAGUGAUUCGUGCAAAAAUAUCCAGUGAAAAGGUGGUUCCUGCCAGUGAUGACCCGCUUGACACUCACAAAAUGAUCCAGUAUGAAAUCAAACAAAUAAAGAUGUUUAAGGGGUUUGAAAAAGUGAAAGAUGUUCAGUAUGUCUAUACUCCUUUUGAUUCAUCUCUCUGUGGAGUGAAACUAGAAGCUAACAACAAGAAGCAAUAUCUCCUCACAGGCCAAAUAUUAAAUGAUGGUAAAGUUCUCAUCCAUUUAUGCAAUUACAUUGAACCAUGGGAUGAUCUAUCCUUGUCUCAAAAGAAGAGUCUUAACCAGAGGUACCAAAUGGGCUGUGGCUGCAAAAUUACUACCUGCUACAUGGUGCCCUGCUCAAUCACUACACCAAACGAGUGUCUCUGGACAGACUGGCUGAUAGAAAGGAAGCUAUAUGGGCACCAGGCCAAGCAUUAUGCCUGUAUCAAGCGAAGCGAUGGCACUUGCAGCUGGUACCGAGGUGGCCCUCCCCCAGAGAAAGAGUUUACUGACAUCAGCGAACCUUAAAUUGAUCACUUCCUAAAAAGCCUGGGAGGCUAAUUCCAUCAAACGUUGCACGCUCACAGCUUUGAACCGCCAACAUCUUAUGUAUCUGUUGCUUAGAAACAAAAACAAAUUGUGCUGUACAAGUAAAAUACAGAGUUUGUUCAAUUGGCACCCAGGCAAGAAGAGGAACAAAUCUCUUGGAGGUAGCUUAUAAAGUUCUGCUUUGUGUACAGGGGCUUUAGUUGAGAAUGGUCCUCCGUGUUCUCAGAGGCAUCAAAAUUUUCCUUUUUACCAAUAUGAAUGUAGAAGAACAAAAGAAUGAUCAGAUUUUUGCCCCCAACUCCAGUUACCUAGCAGAUUAAGAAAACCCUGUGUUUCAGUCCAAAACAGUUUUUCUCAUACGUGAAGAAUGUUUUAUACAACUAUUUUUUUUCUGUAUGGAAGCCUUCUGAUAAAAAAAAUUAUUGUACAGUGUAUAUGUAAAGUAUUAUAACAAUGUGCUGUAAAAAAGAUUCAAAGAUUCAUGUUUUCUUCAUAUUUGUUGAAACAAGUUAAAAAUUUUUGUGAUUAAAAACUAUGUUCUUUUCUUUUUUGUAUGUUACUUAAAUGUCCUAUUUCUUACCCAUGUAUUAUAACAUUUGUUUGUAAUUAGAUUAAAUAUAUAUCUUUGAUAAUCACAAACGCCUAUCCAAUUCAUUGAUCCAAUGGAUUGGCACAUCUGUAAAGAGAAGUGUUCUAAUGUUUAGGUAUAACACCAACAGAAAAAAAAUGACAAUAUACACCCUUAGACUAGUUAGAUUUACAGGAAAAGUAAAGCAUGAACAUUGUCAGUGUAGCAAUGGCACCUGGUAAAACAUCUGUACAUGUGACACCACAUUAUUAUCAUAUUUCACUGCUGUUAUAAACUCUAUUUUUAACAUGAGAGUGACUUUAAGAAAUCCCCAAAAAUUUAUUUGAUGAUUUUUAAUUCUUCAGAUUUCAAUACAAAAUUUACCAUUUUUUGGGUAGUCAUUUGCACUUUGUGAUAAUGAAUUUUGCAAGCUUGCAAAAAUGUACCAGAAAAGUGUUAUCUUUUUGGAGGUUA